GCCUCAUUAGACAUCCCCAAUCAUCAAUUUAACAUCUCAUCUCAUUCAAAGCAUAAAAGAAAGAGAAAUACAAAACACACACACACAAGCCUCACCAUGUUUUCCAUUUUGUUGCCCCAACUUUUUCUCGAAAGCCCCCUAUCAUUCAUCAAGAGGUCCAUAGAGACGCUCUCCCAAAGACCACUGCUAGUGUAUUCUAUUCAAUGGACAAUUGUUCUUACUCUAACUGUGAUGGCUGCUUCCUUCCUGCCAGAGCUGGCCUUUGUCUUUGCCAUGUCACAGGACUCGGGAUUUUUGCGGGCGUGUGAGCAUGGAGCCUUUCGAGUGCCGUUAGAUGUACCCCACGAGGUUGUGUGCCUUCCGGCUAGUCUUUUUCGCCGGUCGGAGAUCGAUUUCAUGGUUCCUCCUGUGUUUGCUGCAAUGGUCGUUAUCGGGUCUGCUGGAUUUGUCCAUGCCAUGGUCAUAUGGAGAGAUGCACAAUAACAGUUUUCAGGGGAGUGGUUUAGGGGUUGAACCUUCCUGAUACAAACCAAACUGAAUGUAGAGAGAUGCACCAUUGAGUAGCUUCCCUAGCAUGUAGUCUCACCAUGCCAUGGCCUAUUUGUAGAUAGAUGCACAUGGUAAACGAGCGUGAUCAUGUGUCAUGCAUUGUAGAUAGCUUGUGCCAUGGUCAUGUGUGGUGGGUGGAGAAAGGACAUAAAGUGGAAAGUCCCUUCAUGUGUGUUCAAUAAAGCAUGUGUGCGCACAUGUAUGGUAGCAUCCUCUGGUGCCUAGGGUUUUAAUUGGGGUGAGGUUUGCACUAGGUUUGAGCCUUAAACAAUCAA